UUACUUCCAACCGGAAGUCGCGCCCACUUUUGACGCAAGGCCUCAUGGGGCGUAGGAAACUUGUGGAUAUACAACAGCAGACAGAAGCGCAUCAAAUAAUAACAACAGGUAUUAAAACUUUCCAUUGACGUGAAUAGAUCAGAUAAGAGCAGAUGUCUGUAAGACCCUUGCUGUGUCAGUCAUUUGUAAUCACGAGAUGGAGAGAUCAAGAAAUGCGUUCAUCAUGCUUUUAUGUGUUGUUCUGUUCAGUCAGAACCAAUAUGGUGCAGAAGUGGAGAUGAAAGUCAGACCAGGAGACAGCAUCACUCUCUACUGUGAUCGCUCUAUAACUCUUGGUUUCCGCUUUGUAUGGAUAAGAAACGGCUCUCAUGAAAACCAACCCUCUCUCGUAAUAGAUUUUAGGAAAUGGGAUCUAGAGAUAUUUAAGCGUUACAGCUUUGUCUACAACCGCUCCAGUAAUUCACAUGAUCUACAUAUUACUAACAUCAGUGUGUCUGAUCUGGGACUGUAUUACUGUGCAGAAAUAGAGAAUAAGGUAAAGGAAGAUGAAAAAGGCAUCCUCUCCUCAUCUGAAGUGUACUAUUAUGGAAACCGAACAACUCGUCUCUCUUUUGCAGAGAAUGCAACGUGUUCUGGACCCUCAAACAUCACCCCCACUCCUCCUCUAUCAGACUGUGUUCUCUGCUGGACGCUGAUGUUCAGUGUGUGUCCGCUGUGUGUUCUCCUCUCCUCACUCUGUGUGUACUGCCUCGUUCAGAGGAAAACUGCAGAUGCUGAAACAGAACAAAAAGACCAUUUGAAAGGAGGAAAUACAAUUGAGGGUGAGGAGGAAGAGGUGUGUUACGCAUCUUUAGACGUGAUAACCAGGAGACAAAAACAACGCAAGACAAAGCGAGUCCAGUGUUCUGACUUCAGUACAUAUGCUCAGGUCAGAACAGAAACAGAGUAGAACUAAAGUAGGACUGAAGCGCUUUCCGAAAUAUUCCAAAUAUGAUAAAAGUUGCAGGUUUCAUCAUCAUAUGCAAUGAUACAAGGUAGUGGAAUUUCUACCAUUACAUCUGAAUGUUAAAUAUAUACUUGGAUACCAGUCCCACUUUAUAUUAAGCAUCUUUACUAA